GUGGUACGAUGCAAACACGCCUGCAGUGAAGUGUGACAUUUCGAUCAUCGGAUUGUCAAAGGUUCAACAGCAACAUUUGGCCAAGGCUGUUGCUAUAUCCUUGAACAAUUGAUGCUGAUGAGCCAACAGCUUCCUAGAACAGCGGCCAAGUCUUCGCCAUGGGCAACAUAUUCGCCCCGCCAACCCGUCCUCCACCGGAUCGGCAGUGGUACCAAGAAGAGCGUCGACCACCAGUACAUCAACAACCGGUGAAUCGACCGGCGGUCAAUCGACUGCCUGUGGAUCGACUUCCGGUUAAUCGACCACUACCAGCGGAUCGAUUGCUGGAGCAAAGAGCGUUGGAACGGAGAGCAUUGGAGCAAAGAGCACGGGAACGAAGAGCGUUGGAGCAAAGGGUGGUCGAAGAAAUGUAUGCCAUUGAUAUAGACGAACUAGCCGAAGAUAUGAUCAUGCUACAACAAGCUAUGAUGCAACAACAGCCGCAACCACAACCACAACCACGCCCUAAUCCGCAGCCUCGAGGCCUGUGUCGAUUUUUUGCAUCGGGUCACUGCAAAAAGGGAGCUACCUGUCGAUUUUCUCAUGACCUUAAUGCUACUCCUAACACAGGGAAUACGACACAUUCAUCCAACGACAAUGACACGUAUGAGCUCGGGGGUGCGUGGGUACAGUUCAACAAUGGCGGCACAGUUUCCAAAGUUGUCUUUGCUUCUGACUACUCUGCCAUCAAUAUUCGAAAUCUUCCACACACUAGUUCAACCGCCUCGGUCAAGAUAAUUCUAGAUAAUGUGGGCAUACCGACGUUCGGGGUUGACAUACGUCUCGUAGCCCAGGCUGAGCAAGACCUAUGCGGUGCGAUACUAAAGGCCGAAGAUCCUUCGUUUGCUAGGACAGCCUGCCGCAAGCUGGCCACCUACACCACUCUUGCGAAGAUGAAGGUGGCUAUCGUACCUCCAAUCAUCCCGCAUAGCCAGAGCCCUUACCAGAUUGACUGUCGGAAAGUGCAUUGUGCCUGGAGCCGGCCAACGCGUGAUGCUAGGUUGAUCUUUGCAACCAAGGGUCCUGCGUACAAAUUGCAAAGAGAAUCCAGAGCGGGCAAUUACAAGGUGCUUGGAUCAAGAGUUAACGCACACGUCCAACAGAGCCCAGAAGGAUGGGUAGUGAAGCUCACUGGAUUAAGUGGCACAGUAUCAGAGCAAGACAUCGUCAAGACAAUCCCAGUAUCUGAAAGGCCUCAGAAGGUCGAGCUUGGAGACCCUGACUACGUUGCAGACUCGGAAUUCGACACAACCAUUAUCAAGUCGAUGCUGUUGGAAUCCGGUCCCUUGGAGCGGUGGGAAGUGCCUAACAAUUCAAAGGCCAAGCGCUUCAAUGCGUAUGGUAUUUUCUUUGACGAAUCAUCUGCGAGAAAUGCUGCGUCCUCCUUGAAUAAGAAACUCCUCUCAUUCAGCAAGACGACGCAACUUUCAGUGUCGGUGGUGGCAUCAGCCAAGUUUAAAAUAUUGGCUAAAAUCUACGACAUGGUCCGCCCACGGAUUAAUGCGCAGAAGCCAGCAUGGGAUCGGCAGUACAUCCGUCUUUCUGAAUUCCCUUGCAAAGGACAAUAUCACAUCUUGAAGCUUGAAGGAGACAAUCACCCAGGGGUGGUUAAAGCUAAGGAGUGUAUUGAGAAGAUCGUCAAGGGAGAAGUUGUUCGAAUGGAGGGGAAAGAUCUUCGAUGUGGAAAUUUCAGGAAAGACGGAAAGGAAUUUAAAAAGGUGCAGACGAUAGAAAACACCUUCAAGGUGCUCAUCAUUCCCGACAUACGCAAGUCACAGUUCCGCGUCUUUGGACGUGAAGCAGUGCCAAAGGAGACUCUGGAGAGGAUCACAAAAUUGUUACAAGAUUGUGUAACCGAAAGCCAUGUUAUUGAGCUCAACGAUGUUGAUUUCCGGUGGGCAUCAAACGGAGGCUUCAGGUUUCUCAGAUCUCAGCUUGGAGACGGAAUAGCAUUCUUCGACAUCACGCCAAGGUACAAACGAAUCUUAAUCAGGGGGCCCAAAGCGGAUUACAAUAACGCGAUGGCCAUUGUCGCCACUAAGAAGAUUAUGCCGCGCGAUGCAGACAAUCUUUCUGGUAUGGAGUGUCCGACCUGUUUCUGCGAGCCCGACGAGCCGAUCCGAAUGUCUUGCGACCAUGUCUAUUGCAGCGACUGUUUUGUUCAAAUGUGCGUCGCUGAGAUGACGGCGGAUAGGGAGUUCCAGAUUUGCUGCCCAAAGGCCGAUGCCACCGGGAAGAUCUGCAAGAAGGCCUUUUCUCUCUCCGAGAUCCAGGAGCAUCUUCCUUCGGAAACCUUUGAAGAUAUCCUUGAGAAGUCCUUUGAGUCCUACAUUACUCGUCACCCGGCCGACUUUAAAUACUGCGAAACACCCGACUGCGGUCAGGUAUACCGGGUGACUUUUCAUGGCUCCGAGCAUCCUAGUAUUUUUACGUGUAAGAAGUGCUUGAAAUCUACUUGCACGAUUUGCCAUACUUCCCAUCCUAGCAAGCCGUGCACUAAAGGCAAUCCUUCUAGCGCACUUAGCAGUAAGAUGAAGGAAGAACUCGGCAUCAAAGCAUGUCCUAGAUGCUCACGGUUGAUCGAAAAGACUGAUGGAUGCGACCAUAUGACAUGCAAGUGCGGAGCUCAUGUUUGUUGGGUAUGUCUUGCGUCUUUUGGGGAAUCUGCAGAGUGCUACGACCAUAUGAGAAGAAUUCAUGGCGGAAUAGGUAUUUGAUGAGGAACUAUCCAAAUCUCUGCUGGUUAUUGAUGGAAUGGGUAGAAUCGUUGGGGGAAAUUGAUAUCUGGAUCUGUCUGGGAAUAGGAAUUUUCUUCUGAUUACAAACAUUACAGAUUGGAAAUGUUCUGCAAAUCUCAUCCUGUGAUAGUGAUUGAUGCUUUAACCGGCCUCGUAUGUUGUAGUUGCAGGUCUAGGUAUAGCUGGUCAAGACGCCACUCACUGACGCUUUUUAACACAUAUUGGCUGUCAAAUCAGAUGGGUG